AUGGCUUCUUCUCACCACCAAAUUUUCAUAUUCUCUCUCCUCAUCUUCCUUUCUCCCUCUAAAGCCCAACACUCUCCCAAACCCAAAGUCCUACUCCUCCCAAUCUCCAAAGACUCCUCCACUCUCCAAUACCUAACCCACUUGAACCUAGGUACCCCUCUCUACCCCAAAACCCUAGUCCUCGACCUCGGCGGCCGGAACCUAUGGAUGAACUGCGAGUCUGGCUACAACUCCUCCACGUACCGGGCCCCUCGUUGCGGCUCGGCCGCAUGUUCAACCUCCAUGCCCAUCUUCGGCUGUUUACUCUGCUUCGAUGCAGGGUGCCACAACAACUCUUGCUUGAUCAGUAUCGAAAACACCGUAACAAGAACGGUGGGAUUUUUCGAGGUGGCCACCGAUGUCAUAUCAAUUCAAAAUUCAGUAAUACUACCAAACUUUAUUUUCGGAUGCUCGCAAACUUGGCUAGUAAAAGGCCUUGUCACUGGGGUUCAAGGCAUGGCUGGUUUAGGAAGGACUCGCCUUGGCCUCCCACAUCAGCUUUCUUCGAAAUUUGGCCCGAAAUUCGCCGUGUGCUUACCGUCCACCUCGAAAUCCAACGGCGUCCUAGUUUUCGGCAAUCCCCCUGCAUAUUCGUUCUACCCGAAUUACGAAAAAUCCAAGCUCGUAGACGUGUCGAAAUACUUUGCUUUUACCAAGCUCUACGUUAAUCCGGUGCCAACAGCCGAUGAUGUCCCGAAAGGCGAGCAAUCAGCAGAGUACUUCAUCCGCGUCACAUCGAUCACGAUCAAUGGUAAACUGAUUCGAUUAAACCAAACCUUGCUAUCAAUUGACAAGAAAGGUUACGGGGGAACGAAAAUUAGUACCGUAAACCCAUACAUGGUACUCGAGAGUUCUAUAUACAAGGUGGUAGCUGAAACAUUUGGCAUAGAGCUCGAAGCCAUGAACGUGUCCAAAGUGGCGCCUGUGGCGCCAUUCUCGGAGUGCUUCAGUACAGAGUUUCUGGGCUAUACUCCGGUCGGGCCGGGGGUACCGGAUCUUAAACUUGUGCUCGAGAACAAUGUGUACUGGGAAAUUCAGGGGGCUAAUUUGGUGGCGCAGAUAAGCCAUGGUGUGGUGUGUUUAGCCUUUGUUGAUGGUGGGCUGAAUCCAAGAACUUCAAUUGUGAUUGGAGCGCAUCAAUUGGAAGAUAAUCUUCUUGUAUUUGACGUUGCUGCCUCAAAAUUGGGAUUUACUUCUACACUCCUUUCCCAGGGAAUUGAGUGUUCAAACUUCAACUUUUGA